UGUGGCGGUCAGCGGCGCUGCUAGCUUGCCGGCUGGUCCUCCGUGUCCUGAAUGAAUGACAUCAUGCGGGCUGCUGAGUGCGUCGGGCUGCCAGCUGACUCCUUCAGACAGUAACGGCCACCUGGGAGGUUCAUCUGAAGCCAGCCGUUAACGCUGCGCGCGAGAAGGUCAGAAGGAGCUUCACUGCGUCCUUGUGGAUCCAGAGAAAGCAGCUGAUAGGGUGCUGAGAGAGAACCUGUGUUACUGCAUGAGGAAGUCAGGAGUGGCAGACAAGGUGUAAAGUGAUGCAGCAGAAGCUGUGUUCCAGAGGUUCUGGAUCCUUCCUCUUAGAAAGAAAUGGCCAGGCCUGCGGUGCGAUUGUGGACUCAGUCACUCCGUGUGACCUUCCUUUCCGCUGCCCCCGCUGUGGCGAACAGGAGCGUUUCCGCAGUUUGGCUUCGCUUCGUGCCCACCUGGAGUACCGCCACUCGUACCGCUCGCCAGACAUGAUCACUGGCGGUUUCAGCAUCACCGGUAAGCUCCCCGACCCGCUGACGGCGGCCAUCCCGUGGCACGACAUGAGCCUCCCGACCCGCAGGGGGCAGCAGGGCGCAGGGAGGCCGCCUCAUGCCCGCUCCCUCAGUGACAGCAGAGACAGCGGAUACCUCCAUUCCUAUGGCUCUGCGAGGAGGCGCACGCAGAGCGUCGGGGUAGGGACGCAGGCGGAGGAGGAUGAGGAGGACGAGGAAGUUGAAGGUGGGACAGAAGAUGAAGAUGUAGGAGAAGAAGAAGACGAGGAGGACGAUGAUGAAGAGAGAAAUGGAAGUAGAAAUGAGGAGGAUUUGAAAACAUCCUCCCAAAAGUCAGACCACCACCACCACAUCAAUCACCACCAUCUCCUGUUCCCACCUCCGGCUCCUCUUGGCCUCCCACUGGACCCGGGCCUGGAACUGGAUCUGACUGAGCAGAACUCGUACUCGGGUUUGGAGACGGCGGCAGCCUCGGCCGCGGUGCGGCAGCGGCUGGCCAGCAUCCUCCGGGCAGCUGAUAGCACCAUGCAGCGCCGGCUGGCUAAGGUCAGCACCGAGCUGGCUCAGACCGACACGGAGCUCCUGUGUGAGCGCGCUCACUCGCAGCAUCUGGCCCAGGAGAGGCAGGAAGUUGCAGACAGGGAGAGGUCACUGAGCCGGCAGGUGGAUGUGGCUGUCAUGGUGAUUGCCGCACUGAGAGAGCAGCUGAACGCCUCAGAGAACGAGCUGGAGCGACGAGAGAGGGAGGUGUUAACCAUCCAGAAGUUUCUGGAGGCGGCAGUUCGCCAGGAGACGUGCGGCAAAGUUCGAAUCCAGCGCUUCAUCGAGAAUCUGUUGAGGCGUAUCGCUCUGGCCGAGAGGCUGGUGGAGUAUUACCAGGUCAACGGUAGCCCGUCACAGUGCAACCACUACAAGCAGCACCAGCAGAAAACUGAUAACGGCCCUCACAGAAUCACCAAAAGCAGGUCAGCAGGAGGUCAGCUGUCCUCGUCUGGUCUCGCUGAGAGCAGAACUCAGUCCUCUUCCCAGUUCAGCGGACAUCCUCCAUCCUCCAAACCAGGCGGAGAUCGAGAUCGAGAGCGGGAACACCGGGAGCGCCUGGCCCAGUCGUCCCGGCUAUUCUGUCGGCCUGAACACAGAGACGACAUCUGGAACCAUCAGCGGCGCCGGUCCACCGGGUACGAGGCCUAGACCAGCAGAGAAAAACCAGGGAGAGGGGUGUCAGGGGUCAAAACUUUAUUACACAAUGGCUUCAUUCCGGUAUGUUAACCUAUGGAAAAGUACUACAUGGUCCCAUUCCUGUCAGCCACCUUUUACUCCACUUCAGUUAUCCUGAAGGUGGAUUCAUUAGUCUGACUGGAGCUUACAAACUCACAGGGGUGUUUCUGAAACAACACUUUUAAUGUGUUUGAAGGUAAAGAAGAGGAAAAGUGAAGUAUUUAAUUUCUAAACAUUAGUAGGUUUGGCAUGGGAAUUUUUUGCAUCAUUGCAAAUUUAGAACAACUUUUCUGAAUUUAUUUUUCAGGAUAUUAAACCAGUUAUUGGUAAAAGAAUGUAAAUUUUUUUUAUAUUAAAAGAAGGAAUUUUUUUUGUGCCUGAUUGGCAAUGUAUGUAUAAUAUGUAAAAUUAGUUACAUAUUAUAUACAAAUUUUUUUACAAAUAUUGCUUCCCUAGCUGAAAACUCGAUAAAUGAGCUGUCGUCUCCAGUAACAAAUUACAGGCAAAAAUGGAGGGAAAACUAUUUAUAAAAGGUGGGCGUGGCUUCCAGGUCUGAAGUGAAGCCAGUGCAGUGCCUUAAACUUGCAUUAUUUUUCAUUGCCAGCAGGGGGCGAAGUCUGGUUGCAAAAGGAAGUCUUAAGAGAAAAAAAAAUGCUUCUGCUCGCUUGGAUUAUGACCUCCGUUAAACAAUUUAAUGCUGAGUUUAUUGUCUCAGUUGCUAGUUUCAAGUCUUCUUGAGUAAAUAUGUUUAUUCUAAAAGGAUGAUAGUGUGGACUGACCUUGUUAGUAUUAUUAAGUCCCCUACAAAUACACAUGCAGUGUCCUCAGAGUUGGUUUCAAAACGCCAGGAUGGCAGCGUUGAAACUGGUCAGGUCCAAGCUUUGUUGACCAAUGGGUGGCUAAAUCCAGCUUUUACAUAGAACCUUACCAUGCCUGCUAACAGGGUUAACAACAUAAAGCAAUAACAACUACAACUCCAUGAACUCUUUGGCAUCAGGUACAUUCCAGUUUGAAUUGCCAGCAUUGUGUUAUUGUAUUUUUGGUACUUUUCCAUAGAUUAUUAAACUGGAGGGGAUCAUUGUAAAGUGUUAGACUUGGUUAUUUUUCAUUUGGAUGUAUGAGUGGGUAAACCUUUGAUAUUUAAACAUAGAAUUGAAUGACAGCUUUCUGUUUUUUGUGGAAUUUGUCAGCACAAAUCUUAAAGUCUGGUAAAGUAGAAUAGGUAAUUUUAUUUUCAGGUUUAAAGGUAUGUUUUGUAUUCAUCUGUUGAUUUAAGGUUUAAUAACAGUCUAAUGACAGAAAUUAGUUGUUGAAUCUGAUGACACGUCCUCUCCUCUGGUUAGACCUUCACAUCCUGGCCUGGUUCGCUCAAAAACUCCUGAUCAGUCCAGUUAUUGUAUCUCCGUCCGUGCUUUCAAAGCCAAAUCACCUGGGAUAAUCUUGAUAGUUUAAGAUUUUUUUAAAUCUUGUCAUUGUCCAGUCUCAGCUUAACAAUCCAUAAUGAAUGAAACUUUUGAUUUUUGCUGAAGUGGUGUACUCUUAGUUUUACAAGAGAGUCUAGUUCCUUGCCUCUGGACAGUACACCCGACCCCAAUGCUUAUUAUUGCUGGUGGUAACUGUUUUCGACUUUGACUGCUGGUGGUGGCUAUUCCAUGAGUCAGUGCUCUCUCUCCAAGGUCUGGCUCAGCCACCUUGAAGGAAUGGCUCAUAGUCUGGCCUUUGCUUAUCCAACCCUUACCUGUGGGCUGAACAGAAGUGUGAGGUGGCCAAUGAAAUGAGUCACCUCUCUUGGAUGUUUGGGUUAACCCUCAGAGAUGGGACAAGUAUCUCAGGCUUCUGGAGGUUACUGUUGUGGCUCUUGUGGUUUGCACCCACCCCCAGUUCCACAGGUCUGGCUUAAGGAAAGGUCCCAUUUCUUGCUUCUGAGCAAGAUUUUGCAGCUUCUAGUUGACAGUUUCAUUGGAGUUUUUCAAAUCAAACAUUGUCUGGACCCUUACUUGGGACCUAUUGAGAAACCCUAGAGAGCAUAGAGGGUGGCUCUUGUCCCAAACAGUACUGUUCCCAGGAUCACAAGGACACGCAAACCCCUUCACCAGAAUAAGGUGGUGAUUCUUGGAGUAUUUUGGGGGAGUUAGUAUCUCAGGAUCCCAUUCACAAGUAAAGUGAAAAGAAGAUGGAUGGUUGUGUUAAGCUUUUGAUUUACCAGUCAAUUAAAAGAUUGAGGGUGUGCAUACAAGUGGUCAGAAAGAGUCUCGUCUGUAGUGUGACUGUGCUCACACUCAGAAUAAGGUGAGGAGCUUGGACAUCAGGAGGGAGCUUGGAGUAGGAGCUGCUUCUUUGUGCCAAAAGGAGCCAGCUGAGGUGGUUUGAUCAAUUACGAUACUUCCUGGGUGGUUUUGGAGGCGUGUCCUAUUCAGAAGAGACCCCGAGGUAGACCCAGAACUCACUGGAGAUAUGUCUCUCAUGGCCUGGGAACGCCUCUGGAUUCAUUAGGAGCUGGAAAGCAUUGCUGGGGAAAUCAAUGUCUGGAAUACUUGAUUUUGCAUAAGAGGUAGAAGAUGGGUGUUUCUUAUUCGUGAAAUUGUCACAUUUUCAGUAAAGACCUCCUUCUCAGCUCUGAUUUGGAUUUUAAAGCACAGGCAUGAGUUUGAUGACACCAGACCUGGGCCAAAUAUGUUUAGCAUGUAGCUGGGAGGAGUUGACAUGUGAGGGCCCAUCAAAGUUCUGUCUGCUUAUGAUUCAUAGAGUAAAAAGACCUCCACAGCUAAUCACGACAGAUGGUUAAAAACGAUGGAGGAAACAUCAAAGCUUCCUCCUGCUGUACAAAAAUAAGGAUGAAAGGUCACAGAAAUGGGCAGCCCCGUUGGACCAGUGGGUUGGAGACGUGGCCCUGACACGCUGCCUCCUACCUGGACUAAAUGAGCACCAGCUGCCACCGUCUGACUCCACUCGACUGUUGAUGUGGACGCUUGUGGUAAAAUUAUCUGUAGCUGCUAGGAUUGGCUUUGCUCUUAGCAUAGUAUUGAGGACGGGGUUAAAAUGUGGGAUCAUUACUGUGAAGUCUGUGGUUGCACAUGAUGCCAUAUGUCCAAGAUGUCAAGGAGCUGUCAUGUCAUCCAGCUCAGUCUGUGACAAACUCAAACAGCACAACAUUUCAGCCUGUCAGAAGAGGAAAAAAAGACUUGUUAGCAUAGCUUAGCACAAACACAUAGGGAAACUGCUAGCCUGAAUCCAUCAGUGGAGAAAAGCAGACAUCUUCAGACAGCUGCUGGCGUGACCUAGCCACAGUUUAAGCUUCACAGUUUGUAUUUAGUACAUUUGUUCAACAGACAGGAGAGCACCAACUGAGGACUAAUCCAUCAUUGAAAAUAGCCUCAAACAAAUGUGCAUUUUUCUUUUGGCUGUCAGAACCAAAGACUUGGAGCUGACAGAUUUAAGGUUUAGGCAUUUCUGUUCUUCCCAGCCUUAGGAGAUCGGGCUCUCAGUCUGCUUGUGCUUUUCCAGCCCUGAUCUAUUAUCUUAAACUGACCUGAAUAGUGAAGUAACCACUGUAAGUGGCUGAAACAAGUCUCUUCUGUUGGAUGUAUGGACUAACCCUUAGAGACAGAACUCAGAAAUCCAGAGAAAGUUGCUCCUUCACAUUGAAAGGGGAGUAUUAAGGUGGUUCCUGGAUAAGACGGAGGAGUAUUUCCUUACCUUGAAGAAAGGUGGAAUCUGACCUGAAAUACCAUCAGUGGGAUGGGCCUCAGUUGGUGACCUGUUGGUUGUCUGAUGGACAAACUGUGACUUGAAGAGAAUCUGUCAGAAGCAAAGGCUUGUACCUGACCAUUGAAGGGUUUGCUGACAAUACCAAAACAAGUCCCAUGAAGCAGCUUUUUUGGUUACUUUUGGUGAAGCUCGGCAUUUUUGCCUUUUAUUUAUUUUUUUUUACUUGCCCUCCACUACGCCUCUGAAUAUAACCAUCAAGGUACACGAAGGAGGAGUUUGGCCCAGGUCUGGAGGACUCCACACACUUAACGAAUGUACUCUGAGUUAAUGUAUAGCUCACAGUGAAGAGAUGCUGCGCUUCAAGUCCUGACUUUUUGGGCUUCAGCUGGCGCUCCUUCACACAGAAACGGGUGGAGAUUCUCCAAUCACACGUGAAUGACGUUACGUCAGCGCUUUCAUCCAAAGUGACUUAACAGUGCCGUGAAUGCGUACAGUCCAUUUGCAGUAUACCUAAACGACUCAUGACGGCUUGUUCAACAGAAUCAUUCCUCGAUCUGUUUACAUUUUUGCACUCAUAUAAUGAUUAGAAUGUAAAUGUAAAAGGCAGUAUUUGGUGUAAACUGUAUCUUUGCUGUCGUCGGUUUAGGUUUUGUUGAUGGUGUUAAUAAAUAUUUUAUAUACACAGCUGUUACAUGUCAUUAAGUGGAGGUAGUGGUCCUACAGUACUAUAACUUGCAGGACGUUUAUGUGAGUUGCAGACAGAAAUCGUUUUAUGUUUAACAGGGUGUCUGCAGGUUCUGGAAACGUUUCAAUAAUUUCCUAAAUUAAGUCAUGCAAAUUUGUUUUAAAAAUAUGUAUUAAUGGAACUUAUAUUACCCUGCUGCUGCUGAGACGCCACAGCAUUAACCAGCUAUUAUUCCAUCGUCUUUGCUUCCAGUUAGUUGGUGUGAAUUUGACUUUUGAUUGACCUUGUCAGAUCUCUGAGAAUUGAGCUUCCAGGCACCCUUUUCAAACACCAUUUGUUUCAGAUUUACUGGAAUAUUUUUAAAGCCAAUUAUAUGUUUGUGUUUUCAUUGGAAUCAAACUGAAAUGUGAGAAUUCUAGUAGUAAUGUAGAGCAUAUCUUGGAUAUUAAUGUUCUAUGGUCGAAAAUGUUGAGGGUAUUGAUGAAUUUCACCACUUAAAGAAACCUGAUCCAGAUAGAUUUGGAUAAACUGAGUGCUGCUGCUGUUGAAGAAAACCACAUUUCUCGUGGUGACCGUAUCCUCUUCUUGAAUAAUGGCCCUUUUCUGGUCGUGGCUCUGUACACGCCCUCUUUGCAUCACCAGCGGUUCAUCGCUACAAGUUGUUGAAUUUCAUUAAGUUCCCCAUGGUUUUUGGUUACCUUAACACUGCUGGUCUCUUCCUGUGUGGACGCCGGUCAGUCUGCGUUGAUGCUGAUGGACUUUCUUGAGGAUUUGGGGUUUUUAUUCAGACAGCAGCAGAUCUCCUGGAAGUGUGCAGUGCGUCAGGUUUGACUGGUGAGCUGCUUCCUGUUGUGUGUUUGGAAGGUGGUAAAAGAUGCAUGAAGCAGCCCUACUACUACUACUACUAUUACUACUACUACUACAUAUGUAGCUUUGUGUUACUGUGAAAGCAUGCUUCAUAUGUAGCAAAAAAUACCUAUAAAAUACUGUUAUCUUGUACUACUAUGUGUACUUUUGUAGCAGAGCGAGGUCUAUUUUGAUGGUAUUCGAAGGAAGGAGAGUUGCACUAAACCAUCCGAGAGCACUUUGCUUAAAGCUGUUGGAUGUCAUUCAAAGGGAUGAGGAAUGUAAAGGACAAUCAGCAGGGUUCAUGCACAGGUUUGAAAGAGUUUUAUCGCCUCUGCGUUUUACAGUGUUUGGGGAGACGAUGUCUAAGAGGUGGUGCAAGUGUGUAAGAAAAGAAAAAGUAUUAUACCUGAUCUAUUUGUUUGAAUAUGACUCUUCUACCUUUCUUCCAGUUGGUAGAGGUGACGUUAGUUUUUUUUCCUGUUUGUGUAAAACUGUUCUAGCAGCAGUGCUCUGUUUGAUAUUUUCAUUUCUCGACGUUCGUCUGUAGGGAUUUAAUUUGCAGAAGUAAUCUCUAGUUUUGUGCCUUCACUCAAAAACUCUGUAGUCUGUAAAACACUGUGCAAAAAUGCAAUACUGUGAAGAUCUGGAACACUUUGUGUUGAAUCCCGUCGGUCGGUGUGUGUGUGUGUGUGUGUGUGUGUGUGAUAGCCAUCGAAGAUUAAAGAUCAAACAU